AUGAGUGGCCUCGCCGAUGAACUGCUCGCUGACCUUGACGGACUCUCCGGUGGCGAGGAAGAGCACGAGACCACACCUCAACAGCAAACUGCAGGAGCCUCGUCCUCCUCGUCCUCCCUCCCUCAAAAGCGCAAAGCAACAGACGAAGGACCGGGUUCAAGUCUCGCUGACGAGCUCGAUAUGGAUGACGACGAAGAUGAAGAAGAUGGUGGGGCCAAUGCGGAAGAGGAAGAGGCGAGCAAGGGAAGGGAGAUUGGUUCGCUUGUCAUGGAGGGGGGCGUUCGUCCCGCGGACGAGCUUGACGCAGAAGAUGUACAACAGAUGGAACUUGGCUCUAUUGAAGAUGUGACCAAGGUGGCUAAGCUGGAAGGGAGCAAGAAGAUGUCGGAUAUCUUGAAGGAUAUUGAAAAGUACCAGGAAAACCCUUCGACGCCUGCGCAGAUGAGCUUGCCGGCCCAUCUGAACCCUGAGUACACUCUCAUCGUUCAAGCCAACAACUUGUCCGUUGAGGUCGAAAAUGAAAUUCUUAUCGUCAACAAGUUCAUUCGAGAUCACUACUCUCCCCGGUUCCCUGAACUCGAACAGCUGGUAACAGAUCCCACCAUGUACAUCAAAGCGGUUCGAGCCCUCGCCAAUGCAGAUGACCUGACCAAAGUCGAACUUUCAGGCAUUUUGCCACCCGCCGUGAUCAUGAGUGUCGUAGUCACUGCAACCACUACCCCGGGGACCAAACUGUCUGCUGCCAGUUGGCAAGCCAUCGAGAAGGCUUGUGGAUUGGCCGACAGGCUCGAGGAGGCAAGGAAAAAGAUAUUCAUGUACGUCAGUUCAAGGAUGAACGUUCUCGCACCCAACCUAUCCGCUAUCGUUGGUACUACUACAGCUGCGAAACUCUUGGGUGUUGCUGGUGGAUUAGCGGCGCUGGCAAAAAUGCCUGCGUGUAAUGUCCAUCUGCUUGGUGCACAGAAGAAAAUUACAGCUGGUUUCUCAACCGCCACUCAGAAACGGCAUACAGGUUUCAUCUUCCAGUCUGAAUUGGUCUCGCAAACGCCACCAGAGUAUCAACUCAAGAUUCAGAGGACAGUGGGCGCCAAGUGCGUAUUGGCUGCCAGGAUGGAUCUGGAGAGGCAGAGGAGAGACGGAACCUACGGCGAGAGUUUAAGAGACAAAAUCGAGAAGCAUAUUGAUAGGUUGGCGGCUCCACCACCCUCCAAAGUCGUCAAAGCUCUUCCUAUCCCCAACGAUGGUCCCAAGAAACGUCGUGGCGGUAAACGGGCUCGACGGGCGAAGGAAGCAUACGCUCAAACCGAACUUCGCAAACUACAGAAUCGCGUCAUGUUCGGCGAGGCAGAGGAGGAAGUUGGCGCGUUCGACCAGACUAAGGGUCUCGGUAUGAUUGGCCUUGCUUCCGGUAAAGUUCGUGCCAGUGUUGGUGAAGCCAAGAGCAAAGCCAAAAUGUCCAAGCAAAACAAAUUGCGAACGGCAGCUCUGGCACGAUCGGCUCAGCAGGCGCAGACUUCAGGGACGGCUACGUCACUUAGUGUUACUCCAGCUCAAGGUUUCGAGCUGACCAAUCGAGCUGCAAUGGCCCAGAGAGUGAAGGAGGCCAAUGAACGGUGGUUCUCUGGUGGAACGUUUUCAUUUGUGGGGCAGAAAGGACAGACGAAGUGAAGAUGCGAUUCGUACAUGUUUUUCUUCCACCGUUAGAGAUCAAUAUUAUGCUUACAGUCUGCCC